AUGUCUUCGAAUGUCCAAGAGAUUCAGGACGACGCAGCCCUCCUGGCCGCGCUCGGCUACAAACAGGAGCUCAAGCGCCAAUUCUCCUUUUUCUCCAUGGCCGCCAACGCGGUCAUUACCGCGAGUGCUUGGACGGCGAUGAUCGGAUCUAUCAUUACUUCAAUCUACAAUGGUGGCGCAUCGGGUUUGCUAUACGCUUGGAUCGUCGAUAACUUCUUCUUCCUCUUUGUGGCUCUCUCCAUGGCCGAGUUGACGUCGGCUAUGCCCACCUCUGCCGGCGUCUAUCAUUGGUCUGCUGCCCUGGCUGGUCCGAGAUUCGCGAAGCCCAUUGGCUUCCUCACGGGAUAUUUCAAUGUGUUGGGGUAUACAUUGGGUCUUGCUUCGCUAUACUCAGUCGCCGGUCUGGAAAUUACUGGUCUGUAUCAGCUGUGGCAUCCUGAUUACAAUAGUCAGCCAUGGCAGGUAUUUGUCGUCUUCGUCGUGCUUACCUGGUCUGCGGCACUGUUUGUCCAGUUCGGUAACAAGAUCUUGCCCUUGUAUACCAAGAUCGGCCUGUUUAUCAAUGUGGGCGUGUGGUUCGUCGUCGUGAUUUGCAUCGCCGCGCUCCCCAAGACCCAUUCCACCAACUCUUUCGUGUGGAAAGAGUAUACCAACAUGACCGGCUGGCCUACGGGCGUGAGCUUCAUCCUGGGUCUUGUAGGACCGGCCUUUGCCAUUGGAACUAUUGACAGUUCCACGCAUAUGGCGGAGGAGAUCCCGAAUCCAUCCAAGAACAUUCCCAAGACUAUCCUGGUUCAAUGGUUUGGAUCAUUCUCAAUGGGCUUCAUCAUCUUGAUUGCCGUCUUCUAUGCGGCUGGCUCUCUCGACGCCAUCUUGAACUCAGCACCGAAUUACCCCGUCGCCAGCAUCAUGGCUCAGUCAUUCAAUAACACGAAUGCUGCCUUUGGGUGUGGUCUGAUUAUCUUCAUCGCUUCCAUCACGGGACAGGUCGGCUUCCAAAUCGUUGCGGUCCGAAGUAUCUGGGCCUUUGCGCGUGACGGUGCACUGCCGUUCUCCAACUUCUUCUCCAAGAUUGACGAGCGCAGCGUGAUGCCAGCCAGAGCUAAUAUCCUAAUUGCUGUCAUUACUACUGCUCUCGGUGCCCUCUACGUCGCAUCGACCACCGCAUUCAACGCCCUCGUUGCAUCCUACGCGGUCAUGUCCACCACCUCCUUCGGUUUCGCAAUUGGUGUCCACCUCUUCACCGGCCGUAAGAGAGUCGCGCCUGGCUGGUUCCACCUCGGCGACGGAUUCCUUGGCUUUUUCAUCAACGGCGUUGCCCUUGUUUAUAUCCUGGUUUCUAACGUGUUCUUCUGCCUGCCCUACAAUAGGCCACCAGUGGAUGCAAAGACCAUGAACUACACCUCUCUGGUGUCCUAUGGAAUGGCUAUCCUGGUCGUCAUCUGGUGGUUCAUCGGUGGUAAGAAGUCAUACAGGGGACCGAAGCUGUCUGGUGAGACCCAGGAUGCUCUCGAGGGAAUGGGCAUGACACCCAGAGAAAAUGGAGAGCAGCAUGUCGAGAGAGGGUCUGUACGUCUGACGGAGAAGGAGAAAUCUUGA